AUGCCGGUCCUGUUGCUCCUGCGCUCGCUCCUGUGUGGCCUCCUGCGGAGCAAGCUUGUGGUGUCCGGCCUCCAGUUUGCCAGGCGCCGCCUGUCCGCGCUGUGCGGGCGGCUCACGCCGCUGCUGCGGAGGCUGUGGGAUCGCCUCAGGUCCGCGGACACCAGGGCCGCCGUCCUCUCCUGCGUGCUGUGGGCACUCGACAUGCAAAAGCGCAGCACGGCGCGGUGA